CAUAUAUCCUAUUCCGUUAAGACUUGGUUUUCAAGUUGCUUUAAAACUCAAUCAAAAAUAUUUUACUGUUAAAAUAAUUCGUAAUUUACAAAACCCAAAUAUAACAAGAUUUAUUUGUGAAGGAGAGGAAGUUAAUAGUGGAGUUUUAUCUAGUUCUUCUAAUGCUAUAAACACUGCUUAUAAAAAGCAUUUGGUCAAAAUAAAACAAAAUACCCAGGAGCAAUAUUAUUGGGUUUCAUGA